AUGGCGGACGCAGAGGACUACUUAGACAUUUACGCGGAUGUAGACGAAGAGUUCAACCUGGAAGCUGAAUGUGGCAGGCCUGAUGAGACAGAUUUGUACGGCGAUGCCAUCUCUCCAUGCGCAAAUAAUGGAGAUGGCCCAGAAUACUGGGAUUACAUGGAACCUCUCUCACCAGCUGCUGGCGAUGAUGUGGGAAGAGGAGCCGCACCGGAUGAUGUCUGUACACACACGGGCAAGAGGUCUGCGGUAUACAUCGGAGACCUAACGUGGUGGACAACCGCUGAGGACUUAGCCGAAGCAGUGCAUUCUUUGGGAGUCCAUGAUAUUCUGGAGAUAAGGUUUUUUGAAGAGCGGGCCAACGGCCGGUCAAAGGGGAUUGCCCUUGUUGAAGUUGAAUCCGGAGAAUCCUCCAAAAAGAUAAAGGAUCUGUUGCCUGAAAGAGAACUUCACGGUCGGAAUCCUGUUGUGAUUCCAUGCGAUGAACAGUACCUGCGUCGCCUUGCAAGGAAGUACAGGAAACUUACAGGAUCAGGACAAGGCAAAGCUGGGGCAGGGAGAGCUGGUCCUCGAGGAGGCCGGUCCCGCGCAGCGUUUCCACGAGGUGGGAGAGGACGGGGCCGUUUCCCGGGGGCUGUGCCCGGUGGGGACGCAUUUCCUGGGCCAGCAGGACCACCUCCACCACCAGGUCCCUUUCCACCUCGUCCACCUGGUCCUCUGGGGCCGCCCUUUACACUUGCUCCUCCCCCGUAUCUUCCAGGAACGCCUCCAGGUGCCCCAUGGCCAGCUCCACAUGUGAACCCAGCUUUCUUUCCUCCACCGACUCACAGCGGCAUGCCCACCUCAGACAGUCGGGGCCCCCCACCAACAGAUCCAUGUGGCCGACCUCCGCCAUAUGAUAGAGGGGACUCUGGGCCUCCCGGAAGGGAAAUGGAGACAGCAAGAACGCCACCGAGUGAAGCCGAGUUUGAAGGAAUCGUGAAUGAAAAUAGGGCAAUCUCAAGCAGUGCUAUUUCAAGAGCUGUGUCUGAUGCCAGUGCUGGUGAUCAUGGGAGUGCAAUUGAGACACUGGUAGCUGCAAUUUCUUUAAUUAAACAAUCCAAAGUAUCCGCUGAUGAUCGUUGCAAAGUUCUUCUUAGCUCUUUGCAAGAUUGCCUUCGUGCAAUUGAAUCCAAGGCUUAUGGUUCUGGAUCAGGACGUGAAGGGUCCAGAGAGAGGGACUGUAGUGGAUCAGGAGAAAAGAGUCGGCGUCAUAGAUCCCGCAGUAGAGAUCGUCGUGAUGAUUAUUAUAGAGAGAGAAGCAGAGAAAGAGAGAGACACCGUGGCCGACAUAGGGACCGACAGCGAGACCGACAGCACGACGGACAGCGUGAGCGUGGCCGAGAGCGAGACCGAGAGCGCAAGUAUCGUCAUCGUUAGAAGCUGAAGGAAGAGGAAAACCUUCAAAGACA